AUGUUUGAUUAUAAAUAUUUAAGUAAAGAAGAGAUAAAGGGGUUUAAUAAAUAUAAAUACAGUGCGAUAGACACAAGCCCUCUCAGCAAAUAUGUGAUGCAUCCAACAUGGAACACUGUAGUCAAAUUUAUACCAAAAUCGAUAGCUCCGAAUUUAAUCACCUUCGCUGGCUUUCUCUGCAUGGUGAUAGCAGUGAUUACUCUAAGUGUGUAUGAUUACGACUUCUAUGCGGUCGGUGGCCGGCCAGGCGUGGUCGGGUAUCAGAGUGAAGUACCCAACUGGGUGUUCACCAUGUGCGGUGUGCUGAUAUUCUUGGCUUACAAUUUAGAUGGUAUCGACGGCAAGCAAGCUCGUCGUAUCGGCGUGUCGGGGCCUCUAGGCGAGCUGUUCGACCACGGACUGGACUCCUUCAUUGUGUUUCUGGUGCCCUAUUCCCUUGUCUCCGUUUAUGGCAGGGACCAGGAGUACUCCGUGUCUUGUUUUAGGGGUUUAUUGAUUGUAAUCAGCGUGGUGAUGAACUUCUACGUCAGUCAUUGUGAGAAGUACAACACUGGGGUCUUAUACCUUCCCUGGAGCUACGAUCUCAGUAUGUGGGUCAGUGCGCUACUAUUCCUAUUCGCAGGAGCGUAUGGUCCAGAAUUCUAUAAGUAUUACGUAUUUGGUGACGUCACGUUCACACAGGCGUUAGAAGCGGUCAUACAUUGCAUGGGAUUCAUCACUACCUACCCUGUAGCUGUUUAUAAUGUUUAUUUGUCUAACAAAAACCGCACAGGCAAGAGGUACCCCAUCCUGCAAGCGACGAAGCCAAUCUGGUCGAUGCUGGUGAUGACUGGUGCUACCAUCUACUGGGCUGUACAGUCACCUAACAACGUUAUCGAAGUAUACCCUAGAGCCUUCAUCUUCAUGUUUGGAACACUUUUUAGUAAUAUUUCUUGCCGUCUGAUUAUCGCUGAGAUGAGCCACAGUCGGUGUGAGCUACUAUCAUGGAUGACCUGGCCUCUGCUUGGAGGGAUGGUGACGUCCCUCUGUCAGCCCCAACUAGAAGCCAUCAUUCUACAUCUGCUAUCAGCUCUGUUUCUUUUUACACACGUACAUUAUGGAAUUUGUGUGGUACGACAAAUUUGCAACCAUUUCAAAAUAAACUGUUUCACAGUACCAAAGGAGAAGAGAAAAUAA